AUGGCAGCAAGACCAAGCAUGGCGCCGAAGAAAGGCGGCGCAGCGCACCCUGCUUUGCUACAGCCGCCCUUCUUCGUUGUGGACGGAAUCUCGCCGUCAGCUCCCAUCUCCCAGCAGAUGGAACAGAUCGACCAGAUGAACACGCUGCUGCUGCAGGACAUUGAUUACAACUUUGCCCGCUUCCACGAAAUCAUCACUUCACGCAUUCUCCCAAACAUUAAGCGCUUCGCCCUCGCCUCAGAACCGACACGGGAAGCAAGCGAGUUCUGGCGCUCCUUCUUCGAGCAGGCUGCGGGCACCAGACUGGCCGUCGAGCAGCACCAGGAAGACGAGGAGGAGGAGCAACCGACUGUCUACGAUGACCAGACAGUCUCUCUCGCGCACGACAGCUUUAACCCCGCCACCAGCUCGACGCCCGCUAGGAGACAGGACGACAGCAUGGAGGACAGCGUGGGAAGUCCGUUCGAGCAUGUCGACCGCCAGCUCGGAUCGCUCGCCAUCGACGACACUGAGGACACACCGAGUCUCCCCUCCGCAUAUGGGCGGUAUAACGACCGGUUUGAUGAGAGCAGCUCCAGUCCUCCAGUGCGCCGCGAUCUUUUGUCGUCCUUCACGGCUGGACCCUCCGAUGCCCGACGACCGUCUGCCUCAUCGCUGGCUCCUGGCGCAGGCCUUGCCCCCGGCACGCCUGGCCGCCGUCACAGUGCUCUGAUCGAUCUGACCCAGACACCGUUGAACGCGCGCUUCGACUCCUUCUCCCCGUCGCCCGCCAUGUCCCCACCGGUGACCAUGAAGUUCACGCUUCCGCCGCGGGCGGAGGCAAUGCUCCGACCGAGAGGGGACGAGCCCCUCCGCCGCGCAGACAAGGAGACGCGCGAGAUGACCAAUCUCCUCGACGAGAUUACGAAGUACGACUACGCCCCGAGUCCGCGCGCCGCGACCCCAGAGGCGCUGCGACGAUACUCGGUCAUGCCUGGCGAGAUCGGCCGGAGGCUGUUCGACGACGACACACCGAAAGCGUCCAGCGGAGGGCUAGGGGACAUCAGCGACGACUCGCCGUUCAUCAGCAAGCUGGCGAGUGGGGGGAGCAAGCACUCCACGACUGGGUCAGCAUCUGCGGCCUUCGGCAGCGGGAGCAAGCACGGCUCGAUCUUUAGCAGUGGCUCGCGCCCUGCCCUCAGCCACGACUCCAAAGCUUCCUCACGGCCGGAGCCGAAUCUCUUCAGCGCCAAGCCGGCCCCGACGGAGGACACGUCUCUCGCCUCGUCGCUCGGCUUUGGCCGCCCGCCACCCUCAACGACGAACUACACGUACAAUGCGGGCGACGAGUCUGUCAAUCUCCUAGGCGACACGACACUGGACCCCACGCCGCGGCGGAGGAGUCUGGCGAACACGUCGUUCGGGAGCGAUAUCCAGACUUCGGAGCAGCCCGUGCGCGUCAUUGGUGACGAUGAGAGCAUCGACGAGUCGUUCGACGACACAUUCGACGCGACGGCGACGUACGGCCAGGGCCAGGGGGGCUAUUACCAGGCCGAGCCGCAGUAUUCGGCCGGAAGCGGGCAGGGGUACGAUCCCCAGGCUGCUGCUUUGGCUGGGUUCGAGUUUGUCGACGACUCGUACGUCUCCGAGGAUGGGGAUACGAUGAUGCCCCGCGCUGCUGGGACGGGGGUCAGUGAAGUGUUUGGGCGGCCGGGCGAACAUGAGUCCUUCAGGUUACACCAGCAGGAUGAGAUGGUGACGUAUCACGGCGGACGGCUUGAGGACGCCGCCCCGCCCGCGAGCCCGACGCAGCGCCGAGAGUAA